CAUAUCCCUCGAGUUAACAUUUGCCAAGUAAUACCAACACCUUUACGGGCCUGUGUGUGUGUGUGUGUGUGUGUAGCCAGCGGGUCGGGCGCGGCGGGAGGACGGUGCAGGCGAGAGGUACCCAAACUUUUAUUUACACUGCGAUGCUGGUUCCUCCGCGCUGAUUAUGCGAAAUUUGCACGACUGAGAAUGCCAAGUUUGCAUAGCACGCUCACUUAACUGGCCUCCGCGCGCGUCCCAACCCCUGCCAGCAACCCGCGACUUUGGGCUGCGAUAAGGCGGCCUCCGCGUCCCCGCCUUGAUUGCCUCUGAAGCUACCCGGAGGUCCACCCUUUACAGUUCACCCCUGAGCCUUGUAGACGUCUGUGGCGUGCCAUUUUCUCGUUAAAUAAGUGGAAAUGAGCGUAGUAAACCUGCAGCAUCCAGAGUGGGACGAGGGCGAGGUAAGAAACCGCGACCAAUGAGGCUGCGGGCUGGCGCGAGGAGGCGGAGCGAGCAGUCUCUCAACGCUGCCAACACUACAUUCAUUGUAUUUGCCAACUGGCCGCCAGAGAGUGAGGAUACACGCCACUUCGGAGGGAGACGCUGUGAUUUGCCGUGUCUGGCCGGGCGCCGUGCAGCCGCGAAGUGUCUGGCCUCGCCGUGGACUGGGGGCACGGCGGCGAGUGACAUGUGUGCGGGAGAGUGUGCGGGGGCGUGACGCGUCGGGCGUCGAGUCGGGCACACAGGUAGGAGGCGAUGUUGGUGGGAGGGCAGGCGUGAGGCAGAACCACUGGCUCGGUGGGCCGCCCUCAGAUGCUCAGAUAACAGCGGCUCCAGCAUGGCGGGGCCCACCACCACCAACACACUCCUGUGGGUGACUGUGGGCGUGUGGGUGGCCUGCUGCUGGCCGCGGGCGUGGGCCGACUACCCCGUGCUCAUGUCGCAGGAGCACCCCGGGGGCCCGCUGCGCUGCGAGCCCAUCCGCAUCAGCGCCUGCAUGGACAUGGGCUACAACCUGACCUCCAUGCCCAACCUGGUGGGCACGGAGCUGCAGAAGGACGCCGAGUCGCGCCUCAACUCCUUCAACCCGCUCAUCCAGUACGGGUGUUCGUCGCAGCUGCAGUUUUUCCUGUGCUCCAUCUACACGCCCAUGUGCACCACGCAGGUGCCCACGCCCAUCGGCCCGUGCCGCGACCUGUGCCUCACCGUGCGCGACAGGUGCGCGCCCGUCAUGGCCGAGCUGGGCUACCCGUGGCCGGCCUUCCUCAACUGCUCCAGGUUUCCGCCUGAAAACAACGAACAGUACAUGUGCAUGGAGGGCCCCGGGGAGAAGAUGCCGCCCUUCUCACCGCCCACCACUUCCCCGCGCCCGCAGCCGCCGCGCCGCUGCAGCCAGUACGCCCACGCCCACAAGUACCGCUACAUUAACGCCACGGGGACCUGCGCGCCGCUCUGCCAGGCCAACAUCUCCUUCAGCAGCAACGACAAGUACUUCGCCGGCGUGUGGAUGGCCAUCUGGGCCGUGGCAUGCUUCGCCGUCACACUCUUCACCGUCCUCUCCUUCCUGCUGGACGCCGCCGCCUUCAGGUACCCGGAGCGCGCCGCGGUGCACCUGGCGCUCUGCUACAACCUGGUGUCGGUGGGCUACCUGGUGAGACUGGUGGCGGGGCCAGACCGGGUCACCUGCCACACGGACCAGGACCUGGGGCUCGUGGCGGUGACGGAGGGCGCCCUGCACACCACCUGCGCCCUCGUCUUCCUCCUCCUCUACUACUUCAGCACCGCCGCCUCCGUCUGGUGGGUGAUGCUGUGUGUCUCCUGGCUGCUGAGGGCGUGGCGGGGCUGGGGUCAUGAACAGAUCCUGCGCCACUCCUCCGCCUUCCACAUGGCCGCUUGGGGUCUGCCCGCCGCUCAGGCCAUCGUGUGCCUCGUCUUCAGGAAGGUGGACGCCGACGAGCUCACGGGCACUUGCUACGCCGGUCAACAAAACACGGAGACACUGGUACGCUUCGUCCUGGUGCCUCAGUUCCUCUACCUAGUGACCGGGGCGACGCUGGUGCUGCUGGUGUUCGCUUGCUUGUGGCGGACGAGAGGACGGCUGAAGGAGGAGGGGCUGAAGACUGACCGGGUGGAUGUGACGGCGGCGAGGGUCGGCGUAGUGGCUGUUCUGUAUAUGGUGCCAGCGACGUGUCAGGUUGGGGCGACGUUUUACGAGUACGUGGAGCGGGAGCGGUGGCUGAGAGACGCGUCCGUUCGACCCAAUAUGGAGAUUUUCAUGCUCAAGAUCUUUAUGUCCGUGGCCGUCGGGAUUAUGGGCGGACUCUUCCUCGUGAACGGCCGCGUGGUGGACUCCUGGAAGCAGUUCUUACGCCGCUUUACCUCCAAGAAACAACCUCUACCUCCAUACCUCCAAGCCGCUCACCUCACCCACCCCUCCACGCAUCCCCCUCCACAUAAACAUCCACCUCAUCACCACCACACCACCGCCACCACCGCGAUACCCCCCUACCACCUCCCGCAUCACCACCACCACCAUCUGCUCUACCAGGAUCAGAGUGGUGUCAAUGGUGGUGUUGGUGUGGGUGGUAUGCCGGAGGUGCACGGGUAUGUGUCGAGGUACCAGCCAGCUCCGAAGCACCAGCACCACCACCAGCACCACCACCACCACCAGCACUACCCGCGUGACCCCCGGCAGAAGUGCGGCUCGGAAACGCAGGUGUGACGCAGGUGUGUGAGGCGUUGCAGUCAGGUGUGGAGGUAAUUAUGAGGGAGUGAGGGAGUGUUUGAGUUAUGACCUGUCCUGCAAUAUGACUAGAAAAUACGUCGAUAGCGCGGAAAGAACUUGAGAACACGUCUAUAGAACUGAAAGGACUUGAAGAUACGUCGCUGAAAGACCUUGCAAAUACGUCGACAGCGCUAAAAGACCUUGAAAACACGUACAUAGCGCUGGGAGAACUUGAAAAUACGUCGACAGCGCUGAGAAAAAUUAAUAUAUUACCUUCCUUGCCACCCCCCAUAAAAAGUAAUGACGGAAAAUGUGACUAGAAAACACGGCAAUAGAGCUAAAAGAACUUAAAAUAUUACCUUCCCUUCCCACAGAAAAAAAAAAAAUUAGUGUUUUUUCAUCUGUCCACCAAAACGUGAUUAAAAAAAAAAAAAUAUCAGUGGCGCCGAAAAGGAAAAAAAGAAAAUUCCCUUCCUUUUCCCCCCCUAAAGAAAAUACGUGGUUUUUAUUUUACCUGUCCAGAAAAAAAAGUAAAUGAAAAAUACAUCAAUGGCGCCGAAAAAUAAAAGAAAAAAAUUCCCUUCUCUUCCCCCCAUAAAAAAAAAAUACGUGUUCUUUUUACCUGUCCAGCGAAACGUGAGAGGAAAAAUAAAUGUCAACCGCACGAAAAAAAGACUUGGAAAAUUAUUGCGUGUGGGAAAGAAGUUUACGACCGUUAUUUUUUCCCCCGCGUCGAAUUACAUCACUGAAGAAACAACGGCAAAGAACAAGGAUGCUAGAGAGACAGAAGAGGAAGAAACGACCACAAAAAUGACAUAUGUUUAGUCGCUACCUUUUUCCAAUACACGUCAACUGCUGAUGCCAAAAAAAAUAGUUGAGAGAAAUUCCCACAAGAUUCGACUAAAUGAAAACACUAACAAAAGACAAAGAAAAAAAAAGGGACGAAAAAAACAAACAUAAAAAAUAACAGGUAAAGAGAAAAUCCCAUAAAACGUGAUUAUAUGAAAAAAAAGUAGAGAAAAUCAUUAAAAAAGCAGGAACAGGCAACUCCUCCCUCACGCCACGGGAUUUGGGGGCGUCCCUUUCCUCCCCUCCACUCAGGGCCGUCUAAGGGACACGAAAGUGCUACACAGGAGGGGACAGAGGGACGCCACAAGGACGGAAAUACAAAACUAACUCAAAACAAAUGAGCCUUAAGGUCUUGUCAGUGAGGUGUUAGUGACUACGAAGGACACGAAGAAAGAAACGAGAAGAAAUAAAUAAAGAAGAAAAUAAUAGAACAGAAUCAUAGAAAAUAAGAAAACAACAUUAGUGGCCAAGGAGAUUCGAACUUAGUGCCUAGGGAUACGGUGCCUUAGAACGCUGUACCAUGUGGUGUAUACAAGUGCCUGGCCUGGGCGUCCGGGGGUCAAGGGUUCGACUCCCGGCGCAGCGAAACCAAAGGAAACACGAAAACAACCCAGUAUUCUUAAACGUAUCGGCGCCUCAGUUUGAAAAGCCUCUCGUAGAAGUUGUUGUGGGUUUUUCAUGGAGUGUUUUGUGACCCUGGUGAUAGUUUUAACCGGUAGCUGUGGGGAUCAUGUUUCUUAAUAGUCCCUCUAAGCGAGAAAAUUGAGAAAAAUCAUCACUCACGCAAACCAUUUCAUAAUAUAUAUCAACGCAUUUGUGAUCAGUUUAUGCAUCAUCUAUUUUUGGGGGUUUAUAUCAUGGGAAAAAUUUGGCCCGUCGCUGGUACACGGUAAAGCCACAAAUUUGUCCCGUCGCUGGUACACGGUAAAACCACAAAUUUGUCCCGUCGCUGGUACACGGUAAAACCACAAAUUUGCCCCGUCGCUGGUACACGGUAAAGCCACAAAUUUGUUCCGUCUCUGGUACACGGUAACGUCACAAAUUUGGCCCGUCGCUGGUACACGGUAAAGCCACAAAUUUGUCCCGUCGCUGGUACACGGUAAAACCACAAAUUUGUCCCGUCGCUGGUACACGGUAAAGCCACAAAUUUGUCCCGUCGCUGGUACACGGUAAAGCCACAAAUUUGGCCCGUCGUUGGUACACGGUAAAGCCGCAAAUUUGGCCCGUCGCUGCUUCCGCUGAUUUCUGCAAUAUGAACGAGAAAGUUGACCCACAAGAACCCGGUUAAUCUUCUCUUGUGGCCAUGAGAAAUAGGCGCAAUGGGAACCUGAUACGUUUAAGAAUAUGGACCCAGGUUUCAUUUACAACGUUUUCUGUACAUAUAUUUUUCCCCCCUUUUUUGUCGUCCUCCGUUUGAGCGUGAAAAAUCCUCGUUCGUUGAAGCCUAAGCCGUUUUUUAUACUGGUGCUCUAGUUUGUAAGGGUUGGAGGUGGAAAAUAAAAGAAAAUGGGGUACAAAGAAAAUGGGGAUCUAGUUGCCGUCUAUGCGAGUGACAUGUUCAAAAUGAUUCGUGGUGAAGGAAUGGACGAGUGAAAGGGAAUGCGAUUUUUUUGUGUGUGAGUGAAAAUAAUAAAAAUAUCAUGUAACGCCUUGUGAAGUGAAAGGCGUUUUGCAUCUUAGGAACAAGUUAGGAAUUUACCGCAUAAAAAAAGGUCGUAAAGAUUAUAAUUGUAAGCUGAGAACUGAUGUGUGUGUGUGUGUGUGUGUGUGUGUGUGUGUGUGUGUGUGUGUGUGUGUGUGUGUGUGUGUGUUGUAGUGGCUCUAAACCGACGAAUAUAACAUCAUCGCAAACAAAAAACGAAAAAAAAGGAGAGGAAAUGAGCGUCCCUAAAGCCACAAGUAAAAAAAAAUAUAAAGAUAACAAGCAAAAAAAAAAUCAUAAUAAUUCACAGCCGGAAAACGACUUUGGUGAUUAGGAAGGAGGAAAAGUGUGUGUGUGUGUGUGUGUGUGAGAGAGAGAGAGAGAGAGAGAGAGAGAGAGAGAGAGAAAACGUACCUCAGGCUUCUCUCCUCCUUUCCCACCUUCUCCCUCCUUCCCUCUUCCCUUCCUCCUCUCUCUCUCUUCCCUCCUCUCCGUCCCUCCCUCCCUUCGUCCCCACUCCGUCACACCGCAAACCACAAGCUGCCGGAGAACCAAUGUAAAAAAGCUUCGUUAAUUUGGAGUGUUGGAACCAAUUUACUUUGCUCUGUUAUUUUUGGACACUCGAGCAGGCGGAGGUGUGCAUCUUCCCGCGACAGACACACGCACAGGUAGACGAGGCGCCAGGUAGGAUCAAGACGUAUGGAGCGAUGAGGUAGACAGGUAGACACACACACCCAAAACGAGAGGUAGAAUCAGGAUGUAAAGGGAAGGACUGACGGAGCAAAACACACACACAGACACACACAGGUAGACAACAGGACAGGUAGACUUAAGGUGUAUGGAGUGACAGGGGAAGGUUUGAUGAAGGAAGACGGACAGAGGUAGAUGCGGAGAGGUAGAAUGAUGACAAAGACGAAAUUGGAUAGACAGGCAGACGGAUAAGUAGCAGAACAGGUAAAAUUGAGACAGGUAGAGAGAGAGAGAGAGAGAGAGAGAGAGAGAGAGAGAGAGAGAGAGAGAACGCUAUACAAAACCCUGAUAAACGAAGCACAAGAACAAGUCAUCAAUUCUGUAAAGCUUGUGAUAGAUUAAUGACCCUCGUAAGCCGCCGCGCCAAGAUAUAUCAUAAUAAUUCCCUCGCUGACUCAUGGUAAAACUUAAGGGUGAUUAUCGUACCUAAGUGCCUUGUAAUCCGCCCUUAGUGACAGGACAAUAUCGUGCCGCCAGGACAGACACACACAACGCCUUAGAGGAACAUAAAGAGUGGAUGUUUUAUAGAUGGAAAAAGACGAAUACUAUAAAUGGUGUGUAUAUCUUUUUUUUUUUUUUUAACCUGUGAAUGCAGUAGUUUUUAUACGCAUUUAACACUUUGGCCAGAAAAAAGGGAAUAUAUUUUAAUACGCUUCUCUUAGGGCGAUUCUAAUACUUUGAAAUAAAAUAAUGGACCUUUUAAUAUUACUUUUUUAGGGAGAGAUUUACUACUUCGAAACAGUAUAUUUUUUUAAAGAGGGAGAAUUCGAAUACUUCUAAUACAUUACUUAUUAUAUACCAAGAAAACAACAGUAGAUAGAAGCAACCAACAUCUAUUAAUAUAUUUUUUAGGGGGAUUCUAUUAAAAUACAUACAAUACAUUUCAAUACGUUGCUUUUCAAGGGAGAGAGUCUACUACUUUGAAACCAUAUAUAUUGUAAUACUUUCAAUACAUUAGAUUCAUUACACACCAAGAAAAUAUUAAGAGAUAGAUCAAAUUAGGAACUUUUAUAAAUCUUCCAGAAACUUAAACUCAAAAAUACUUCUCACCUGAGCCAAAAGUGAUUUACAGGUAACCGGGUUUUUUCUUCUUCAAUGACCUGAAAAAAGAAGAGAAAACAUUAUGCAAACAAUAAUCACCCUGGAAACCUGACUCGUAAAUAUUUCUCACCUGCGUCAAAAGUGAUUAACAGGUAACGUUGUUUUUAUCCCUUAAUGAACUGGAAAAAAAAAAACAUUGAGUAAACAGUAAACAUCCUGGAAAACUAACUCUUAAAUACUUCUCACCUGCGCGAAAAGUGAUUUACAGGUAACGUUUUUUUUUAUGCUUCAUGGGACCGAAAAAAAAAUUGGAAAUAAACAGUUAGCGGAUGUUAUUAAAAGGUGAGUUAUCCAUUAAGCCCAGCGAGCGAUAAGGGAGAUAAGGAGGGAGUGUUUGCGAGCGUCGAUGUCAAAGAAUUUCGUCCGGUCUUUCAAAAUAUAUCGACUUGGCUAUUGUUGAAAAAGAGCGAAAAAAGUGGAUUGCGAGUGUGUGUGUGUGUGUGUGUGUGUG